AUGGAGGCGAGAUCGGCCAUGAGCUGCUACUGCGGCUCCCUCCUCGCCGUGGUGGUGGUGCUGUUCCUCUCGGCCUCCCUCGGCACCGGCGCCGGCGCCGGCGCGGACCUCAAGGGUUCGUGCGCCGCGACGCCGCACCCGGACGUGUGCGUGAGCGCCCUCCAGAAGGAUUCGGACGCCAAGGCGGCGGCCAGCCCGCGCGACCUGGCGGAGGCGGCGAUCCGCGCGGCGUCGGCGGCGGGGUCCGCGGCGGGCGAUUACGCGCGGCGCGAGAUGGACACGGUGAAGGACAACGGCAUGUGGCAGUGCCUGAACGAGUGCGCCGAGGACAUCGAGGAGGCGCUCUCCCACCUGGACGACUCGGACGGCGAGAUCGACGACGGCAAGAUGAAGGACGUGAAGCUGUUCCUGGACACGGCGGAGCAGAACGUGUGGGACUGCGACCAGAGCUGCAGGGGCGCCGCCAACACCCCCGUCAAGACCGCGCUGCUCGCCAAGAACGAGGACUUCGAGAAGCUCAUGUCCGUCGCCCUCGCGCUCAUCAAGCGGACCGCCGCCGGCGACGCGGCGCAGGGGCCGGCAGCAGCGUCCAAGCCCAAGCCCAAGACCAAACAGUGA